AUGAAUCGGAGCAAAGAGAUGAACGCCCUGAAAGAUAAUCCAUCUCUUUCUGUUCGUACCGCAAAGCUCGAUGGGACCACCUGGAAGACGCCUUUUCAGGUAACAAAAGAGAUGUCGUCUAAUCUUCCAGUGGUUAUUGUCGAUCACCUCAUCGUGGGUGCCGGCCCCGCCGGAGCAUCAAUGGGUUGCUUUCUGGGCCAAAAUGGCCAGGAAGGCCAAAGAGGCCUCAUUAUCAGCUCAGCACCCGCUAUCUCAAAUACGCCGCGCGCACACAUGACCAACCCCGCAGCAUACGAGUGCCUGAGGGACAUUGGUCUAGAAGACGAGUGUUUAAAAGCCAGUGCCGGUGUUCGAGAGGCAAUCCAGCAUAUCCGAUAUGCCGAGAGCAUGCUCGGGCCCGAAUACGGCCGCGUCCACUCAUGGGGAGAAGGCUUAUCCGACAAGAUGGUGACCGUCACUCCAUGCCGAUUCACUGACCUCCCUCAGACCGAAUUAGAGCCCAUUUUGCUUCGUUACGCCGCAUUGCAUGGGUUCCCAGUACGUUUUGGCACCGAGUUAAUUGGCUACAAGCUCAACGCAGACAACACGAUCAUCGUCAACGUGUACGACCGGAUCAGCACGCAAACCUAUCAUAUAAAGACAAGAUAUCUGUACGGCGCUGACGGAAGUCACAGCCGUGUAGCAAAGCUUCUGGAUCUUCCAUUCUCAACUAAACUGAGAACAGACAGAGCAGUGAAUGUCCUCUUCAAAGCCGAUCUCCGGGGCAGAAUGGACAACAGGUUAGGUGAUCUCCACUUACUCAUGAAUCCGGGGUCAGAAUUGAAAGAUCACGCCUGGUCGAUGAUGCUACGGAUGGUUAAACCCUGGUACGAGUGGCUGGGUGUUAUUUUUCCGAAACCUGGAAUCACAUUAAGCAAAGCACCAGAGCCGCAAUCGUAUAUCGAGCCUCUUCGAGCGUGGAUUGGUGAUGAUGAUAUACCAAUCGAGGUAAUCCGUACAGAUCUAUGGACUGUUCAGGAGAGCUACGCCAAAUCUUGGAGUCGAGGAAAUAUAUUCUGUCUCGGAGAUGCGGUGCAUCGGCACCCCCCUACAAUGGCACUUGGCUCAAACACCUGCAUUCAGGAUGCCUAUAAUCUGGCUUGGAAAGUUGGCAUGGUGGAGAAAGGACUGGCUGGGGAAGACCUCUUACGCACUUAUGACGCUGAGCGACAACCAGUAGGAGCUGAAGUAACGCGACUCUCAAAUUACGGCCGUGACCAGGUUGCUAAGAUACAUGCGGCUCUGGGCAUGAUGGAAGAUUCACGUGAAACCCGCUCAAUGGCCGUUGAUGAGCUCCGGGCCCCUACGUCUAUAGGCGCAGCCCGCCGCGCUUCCUUCAAAAGAAGUGCUGUAUUAUCUUCUGCAUCGACUCGAUCACUGGGCGCUGUUUUCAAUCAAAGAUACACUAGUGAUGCGGUCUACGCAGCCGACGAAGAUACAGGGUUUGCGCCGUUGGAAAAUGCAAUAGAGGACUACAUUCCUCAAACUCGCCCUGGGUGCAGGCUACCCCACUCCUGGUUGAAUACGUAUUCCCCUCAGAUCAGGCUCUCUACGCAGGACUUGGCAGGAGGCGGGAAAUUCACCCUUUUCACCGGCGUAGCAGGUGGGCCCUUAUGGAAACCGGCGGCAGAGGCCACGUCAACCAAAAUGGGCUUGUGGGAGAGGACGGUUGCCUUCUCAUUAGGCCAGAUCGAAGCAACCGAGAUUGAGAUCCAGCAUCUUGAAAGUGCAUUGAACAAACUAUGUAUUCGGCGAAGGCACCGUCUUCGAGCUGAACGCAUUACCUCCGUGGACAAAACCGCAAAUACGGUCACCUCUGGCGAAUUGAGUCACACCUUUGCCGGUUUCUUCGACGAUUCCGAAGUAAUUGUAGCCAAGCAAUGCCCCGGACGCAGACAGAAAGUCAACGUGCUUCUAAUCCUCAGGGUUCAAAGCAACACAGACGACUUUGACGAGAAUGUGAUUUUCCCGGAGAGCUGGAAGCGACCGGUCGGUAAUUUGUCUAGCGUCCUGCGGUCCGAUGACCAUGAUAGCUUUCUGAACAGAUGGAAGUGUCAUGGGGUGAUACGGAUGGCAAUAUAUGCGAAGAUACGUAUGACCCUCACUGUUGUUGCAUUCUUCAUCGCCCAACCUCAGCUGCAGGCGAGACGCCGAAUCGACCGGUCUGAAGAUUACUUCGGCCUUUUUCAAAUUGGGAGUUUCUCUCAGGCCUCGCCCAAAUCCGCCCACCAAAACCCAGCCCGUGCAUUGAGUUUGAUCUUAGAAGUCCCAUAG